GCUAAACGUUCUAAGUGAGAAAGAGCGAAAGCAAAGAAACUCAGAAGAGUUUUUGCUAUUAAUCGAAGCUAAAAUGGCCCUUUCUUCAUCUGAGUUGACUUUUGUCUUUGGUCUUCUUGGUACACCUCCAAUUCCUUUCUUUUCUCUACAUGCAAAUUAAUAUCUGCAUAUUCAUUUCUUAAUUACUAUUCACUAUAGCAUAUCGAUACAUGCAACAUUGAAUUCGCUUCCCUUUUAUUUCGAAAAAUCCAUUUUCAGAUCAUUUUUCGAAUUUCAAUUAUCAUCCUUAAGUCGCUAUCCAUAAACUAGAGAUUAAUUCAAGGUUAACAUCAUCAUACAUUAAACUUUCUAAUGUACAGAAAGGUACCAUAUAUACGAACUGCAUGUAGACGAAGAUGAUUGAUUCUCAUGCACGCAAUAUUUUAACAUAUUCUCUCCACUAUUUUUUCCUUUUCUUGGCAGGCAACAUCAUCUCUUUCUGUGUGUUCUUGGCACCAGUGCCAACCUUUUACCAGAUUUUCAAGAAGAAAUCAACCGAAGGGUUUCAAUCGAUUCCUUAUGUGGUUGCACUACUGAGUGCCAUGCUGUGGAUCUAUUACGCAUUGCUCAAGACCAAUGCAACUUUCCUCAUCACCAUAAACACCUUUGGCUGCUUCAUUGAGCUUAUCUACAUUUGCUUCUUCCUUGUUUAUGCAACAAAGAAGGCUAGGGUUGAUGCAUUGAAGCAAAUUGUCGGGCUUUUAGUUUGUGGUUUUGGUCUUAUUGUUGUGCUCACAUAUUUCUUAGCCCAUGGAGCAACCCGUGUCAAAGCUGUUGGAUGGACUUGCCUCGUCUUCUCUUUGUGCGUCUUUGUUGCUCCCUUAUGCAUCGUGAGGGAAGUUAUACGAACCAAAAGUGCCGAAUACAUGCCACUGCCUUUAUCAGCUUUCCUCACCCUCAAUGCUGUAGCAUGGUUCUUCUACGGUCUAUUGCUCAAGGACUUCAACAUAGCUAUCCCCAACGUACUCGGAUUCAUUUUCGGUAUCCUCCAAAUCAUCCUGUACAAGAUCUACAGCAAGUCACCAAAGAAAGAGAAAGAACUUGAGCAAAAGAAGGUGCCUGAGCUCGCUGACCAGAUUAUCAUAUUGGAGGAUAACAAGCUUUCUGGUAACAAAAAUGACCAAGUUAUUGAUAUUGCAAAGCUCAGUGAAUUGGAGAAAAUCCCUGUGGUUUUACGCUCCGGCGGAAACAAUCUUGAUCAUGGAUUUGAUGCUCCUCCAAGGGAUCUCGCCAUUCAGAUGGAACCUCCCAAGACUCCCAUUGUAGCAGCUGCUUGAAUAAAGCUUUCUUUUUUUUCUUUUUUUUUUAACCUUUAAUUUAACCUUCGUAAAAACUGAGAAAGAAGAAGAAGAAGAAGAAGGGAAAAAAAAAAAAACGGGGUUGGAGUUAUUACAACUUACAACUCCCUUUGAAUUCUCCAGCAUCUUUUGUGUUGUAAUAAUAAUAGUAUUUAAUUAGCGUGAUUAUAUAUAUAAUUAUUUGUUGUAUCAUCAAUCAGAAAUGUUUCCCAAUUACUAAAUUUUCUCUAAGUUCAUGUAGUAGUUCAUGUAACCUUCCAAUUUGAAUUGAAACUAAUUAUCAAUAAAUCUUAGUAUUUCUAUUUGCUCCAUAUCAUUUUUUGUUUUUUUGUUUGCCCUUGGUGCAUUAGAAUAGUAUCAUAU